CUCUCCAGCGCUGCUGCCACCGGGGCGCUCCAGGGGUCUGCGCCCGUCUGCUCUGCCCCAGACCUGCCGGCGAAGGGUUUAUGCCAGCGUGGCUUCAUUCAUACAGAUGAACCAAGCAUUGGGAUAGCAGUAUAAAAUUAGAAUCAGACAGCUGACUGCUCAGCAGGAUGCCAUCAACUAACAGAGCAGGCAGUCUAAAGGACCCUGAAAUUGCAGAGCUCUUCUUCAAAGAAGAUCCGGAAAAGCUCUUCACAGAUCUCAGAGAAAUCGGCCAUGGGAGCUUUGGAGCAGUAUAUUUUGCACGAGAUGUGCGUACUAAUGAAGUGGUGGCCAUCAAGAAAAUGUCUUAUAGUGGAAAACAGUCUACUGAGAAAUGGCAGGAUAUUAUUAAGGAAGUCAAGUUUCUUCAAAGAAUAAAACAUCCCAACAGUAUAGAAUACAAAGGCUGCUAUUUACGUGAACACACAGCAUGGCUUGUAAUGGAAUAUUGUUUAGGGUCUGCUUCAGAUUUACUAGAAGUUCAUAAAAAGCCAUUACAAGAAGUGGAAAUAGCAGCAAUUACACAUGGUGCUCUCCAGGGAUUAGCUUAUUUACAUUCUCAUACCAUGAUCCAUAGAGAUAUCAAAGCAGGAAAUAUCCUUCUGACAGAACCAGGCCAAGUGAAACUUGCUGACUUUGGAUCUGCUUCCAUGGCAUCCCCUGCCAAUUCUUUUGUGGGGACACCAUAUUGGAUGGCCCCAGAAGUAAUUUUAGCCAUGGAUGAAGGACAGUAUGAUGGCAAAGUUGAUGUAUGGUCUCUUGGAAUAACAUGUAUUGAAUUAGCCGAGAGGAAGCCUCCUUUAUUUAAUAUGAAUGCAAUGAGUGCCUUAUAUCACAUAGCCCAAAAUGAAUCCCCUACACUACAGUCUAAUGAAUGGUCUGAUUAUUUUCGAAACUUUGUAGAUUCUUGCCUCCAGAAAAUCCCUCAAGACCGCCCUACAUCAGAGGAACUUUUAAAGCACAUGUUUGUUCUUCGAGAGCGCCCUGAAACAGUGUUAAUAGAUCUUAUUCAAAGGACAAAGGAUGCAGUAAGAGAGCUGGACAAUCUGCAAUAUCGAAAGAUGAAGAAACUCCUUUUUCAGGAGGCACAUAAUGGACCAGCAGUAGAAGCACAGGAAGAAGAGGAGGAGCAAGAUCAUGGUGUUGGCCGGACAGGAACAGUGAAUAGUGUUGGAAGCAAUCAGUCUAUCCCCAGUAUGUCUAUCAGUGCCAGCAGCCAAAGCAGCAGUGUUAAUAGUCUUCCCGAUGCAUCAGAUGACAAGAGUGAGCUAGACAUGAUGGAGGGAGACCAUACAGUGAUGUCUAACAGUUCUGUCAUCCACUUAAAACCUGAGGAGGAAAAUUACCAAGAAGAAGGAGAUCCUAGAACAAGAGCAUCAGAUCCACAGUCUCCACCUCAAGUCUCUCGUCACAAAUCACAUUAUCGUAAUAGAGAACACUUUGCAACUAUACGAACAGCAUCACUGGUUACAAGACAAAUGCAAGAACAUGAGCAAGACUCUGAACUUAGAGAACAGAUGUCUGGUUACAAGCGGAUGAGGCGACAGCAUCAAAAGCAGCUGAUGACUUUGGAAAAUAAACUGAAGGCAGAGAUGGACGAACACCGGCUCAGAUUAGAUAAAGAUCUUGAAACUCAGCGUAACAAUUUUGCUGCAGAAAUGGAGAAACUUAUUAAGAAACACCAAGCUGCUAUGGAAAAAGAGGCUAAGGUGAUGGCCAACGAGGAGAAAAAAUUCCAGCAACACAUUCAGGCUCAACAGAAAAAAGAACUGAAUAGCUUUUUGGAGUCUCAAAAAAGAGAAUAUAAACUUCGGAAAGAGCAGCUUAAGGAGGAGCUGAAUGAAAACCAGAGCACACCUAAAAAAGAAAAGCAGGAAUGGCUUUCAAAGCAGAAGGAGAAUAUACAGCAUUUUCAGGCAGAAGAAGAAGCUAAUCUUCUUCGACGUCAAAGGCAGUAUCUAGAGCUAGAAUGUCGUCGCUUCAAAAGAAGAAUGUUACUUGGGCGACAUAACUUGGAACAGGACCUUGUCAGGGAGGAGUUAAACAAAAGGCAAACUCAGAAGGACUUGGAGCAUGCGAUGCUAUUGAGACAACAUGAGUCCAUGCAAGAACUGGAGUUUCGCCACCUCAACACUAUUCAGAAGAUGCGCUGUGAGUUGAUCAGAUUGCAGCAUCAGACUGAGCUCACUAACCAGCUGGAGUACAAUAAGAGAAGGGAGCGAGAACUGAGGCGGAAACAUGUCAUGGAAGUUCGGCAACAGCCUAAGAGUUUGAAGUCUAAAGAACUCCAAAUAAAAAAGCAGUUUCAGGAUACCUGCAAAAUUCAAACCAGACAGUACAAAGCAUUAAGGAAUCACCUAUUGGAAACUACACCAAAGAGUGAGCACAAAGCUGUUCUGAAAAGACUCAAGGAGGAGCAGACUCGGAAGUUAGCCAUCUUGGCUGAGCAGUAUGAUCAUAGCAUUAAUGAAAUGCUCUCCACACAAGCUCUGCGUUUGGAUGAAGCACAAGAAGCAGAAUGCCAGGUUUUGAAGAUGCAGCUGCAGCAGGAACUGGAGCUGUUGAAUGCAUAUCAGAGCAAGAUCAAGAUGCAGGCUGAGGCCCAACAUGAUCGAGAGCUUCGAGAGCUGGAACAGAGGGUCUCCCUUCGCAGGGCACUCUUAGAACAAAAGAUUGAAGAAGAGAUGUUGGCUUUGCAGAAUGAACGCACAGAACGAAUACGUAGCCUGCUUGAGCGUCAAGCCAGAGAAAUUGAAGCUUUUGACUCUGAAAGCAUGAGAUUAGGUUUUAGUAACAUGGUCCUUUCUAAUCUCUCCCCUGAGGCAUUCAGCCACAGCUACCCAGGAGCUUCUAGUUGGUCUCACAAUCCUACUGGGGGGCCAGGACCUCACUGGGGUCAUCCCAUGGGUGGCACACCACAAGCUUGGGGUCAUCCGAUGCAAGGUGGACCCCAACCAUGGGGUCAUCCCUCAGGGCCAAUGCAAGGGGUACCUCGAGGUAGCAGUAUGGGAGUCCGCAAUAGCCCCCAGGCUCUGAGGCGGACAGCUUCUGGGGGACGGACGGAACAGGGCAUGAGCAGAAGCACGAGUGUCACUUCACAAAUAUCCAAUGGGUCACACAUGUCUUACACAUAAUAAUUGAAAGUGGCAAUUCCGCUGGAGCUGUCUGCCAAAAGAAACUGCCUACAGACAUCAUCACAGCAGCCUCCUCACUUGGGUACUACCAUGUGGAAGCUGUGCAUAUGGUAUAUUUUAUUUGUCUUUGUAAAGCGUUAUGUUUUGUGUUUACUAAUUGGGAUGUCAUAGUAUUUGGCUGCCGGGGUUUUUGUGGUUGGCUUUUUGUUUUUAACUUUUGGAAAAAUUUUAAAGUGGAAAUACAUAAAUAUUUCAUGUAUGUGGCAAAAAUUGGCUUAAUAGAAGGGGUAUUAUCUGAACAAUAUAAAAAUAAAAUGAAGCAAACUAAUCUGAAUCAUCACUUUAGGGUAUCCAUAGCCUAAGAAAUUUGUUGGAAGAUGUAAAGCCUUCCUUCAUAUUCCAAAUUCUGUGAGUCACUGACAGCAGGCAGCAUCCAUGCUGAAACACAUUCUUACUGAAAUAUACCUCCACUCCUCACCAGUGUGUUUGCUUUAUUUAUGAAUUGAUCUGAUUUUUCAACCUCAUUUGGACUAAAAAUCAGAAGACCAUGAACAUUAAAAGAUUGUAUUUACCCUUUCAGUGGCAGAAAAUCAUGUAGUUCUUUGCUACAAACUCAGAAAUUUGUCAGAUUUUGUAGGUUGUAUCAUGAUAAGAUGGAGUUGCUUAAGGAGAUCAUAAGCUGUGUGGCUAUUGCACUAACAAGCCAGUGAGCUUUCAGAGGGAGAAUUUAGAGGACCAGAGGGGCCCCUAAGAAGUUUCUGUGAUAGGAAUGUUCAGCAGGGAGAAGGAGGUAACGUCUAUAUAACCUGACAUUUUGUUUCUUGUACAAUAUCUCGUCUGAUCCAAAUCAUAAGACCCCAGACAGUACCUUUGCUUUGUAAAAAAAUGAAGACAUAUAGCCAACACAAAGCAAAUGCCAGAGGUAUUGAAUUAUGCCAUAUUUGUGAACUGCCAUCCAUUAGAAUAUUCAUUCACACUACAUAGAUAUAAUUUUAUUAUCCCCUUUUUUGCUUAUGGAAUUUCCUGUUUACAAGUAGCAAUAGUCAAGUAUUUAAAUACUUAGUUGCCACCAGGAGUCACUGAGCCAAUGACUCCCAGCUGCUGACUAAUCUUCCCACUGUAGUUGUUGCUUCAUUUUCAGGUACUCUGUGCUUAAUUGCUGUUUUUGUUGCUGUAGUACCUUACAAAUUCUUAAUUCGUUGAGACUUAGUGACCAUCUGGGUCCACGUUAAUAUCCCAUAAUAGCAAGUUCCCUUUGAGAAGUCUCUAGCUUUAGUGCUAAAAUACUACUGAGAAAGAAACUAGGUAGUUUGGUGAGUGAAAGAAAACAAAAGUUGAAAAUACUAUGUAGUGGUCAGGGACCACCUACAUUUGUGGAGUGUGUUUCGUCUGUUCUUCAAUGAAGGGGCAAUCCAGUGUUCUUCAUCAAUGUUAGUUAAUAUCCCAUUGCUUGUGUGGAGCUUGAGUUGGUGGUAAACUAGGGCCAAUGCUCUCUUUUAGUGAGAGACCAGAGGUUUUUUAUAAGUUAUUGUCCCUUUUCAUUUGUCUUGAAGAGCUCUUGCUACUAACUCUGGAUCCUGCUUUUCAUUUAGGUAGAUGGGAAGCAUUCUCUUAAUCAUAAUUAGAACAUAGCCGGGCGGUGGUGGCACACGCCUUUAAUCCCAGCACUUGGGAGGCAGAGGCAGGCAGAUUUCUGAGUUUGAGAGUUCGAGGCCAGCCUGGUCUACAGAGUGAGUUCCAGGACAGCCAGGGCUACACAGAGAAACCCUGUCUCAGAAAAACAAAACAAAACAAAAAAAACCAAAAAAUCAUAAUUAGAACAAACUAGUGACCAAAUUGUCAUCUGCUACUAUGGAUGUUCUUAGUUUUCUUAACCACAUUUUGUCUUGUCCAGGUAUGUCAGUCCAGUCUCCAUGACUUACCUCCUUCAGAAGUUUCUGACAUUGGUUUGAGGAUUUAUGACACUAAUUAAAAAGAAAAAUUAGAUCAGGGUGUGGUAGCAAAUGCCUAUAAUCCCAGCAUUUAGGAAGCAGGGGGGUAGGAAUCUCAGGUUCAAGGCUGCCUUCGGGUGUCUCAAAAAAGGAAGAACAAAAGAAAGGUAGAUGCUAUUGUAUAGGACCUUUGAAAAUCCAAUAGAAGGUUAAUAGUAUUCACACAUACUUCUAGGCACAGUUUUAAACAUAUUCCCUAUCAGUUUUUAGAUAGACAUAUAUUUGCUAUGGCUAAUGAAAAGGGCUUUUCUUUUAGUAUUUUUUUUAUUCAAAAUACUAUUAAAGAUUUUCAAACAAAUUGAAAAUUCUAUAUGUUUGGAGGAAAUAAGGGAAAGCUUUACAGUUUAAUAGGCUAUUCAAAACUAUAAAAGAAAACCAUCUUCAAAAACUAUCCUGGCAACUGUCUGCUACCAGAGGGGUUAGAUUGAGAAAGCAGAUAAGGUAUGUGCAAGACAUUUCUAAAAAAUCCAAACUACUACCAGAAACACAUUUUAUCACCCAGUGUGAGCGUCACUUGGUCAAAUUUAGUUACGGAGUCCAUUUUGAUCAUAAUGCACUCUUACUAGUGUGAUUGAAUACUAUCUGUCCUGUCCAAUAAGGAUUUCUGCCUCAUCUAAUCGAAUGGCACCCAGUUUUUCCAUGUAGGUCAUUAUAUCUGGAUUAUACCAUCAAUUUAGUUAAAAUGCAUGUAGUUUGCACAAUGGUUAAAAUGACUAGGUUUGUGUUUAUAACCUAUAGUAACUUGAGAAGAAUCAUGUGUACAGCAGGAAUUGUCACAGUAAAAAUUGGUAGCAGGAAAAUUUGAAAGCAUUUGAAAUGCCCUAAAAUUAGGGCAGGUACUUUAUGGGGAAAAAAAAAAGCAAAAAUGUCAACAUUUGACCAAAUUAACACUACCUCCUCCUCCCCAGUUAUUGGUAUUCACUUAUGAUAUGUACAUGUGUUUAAGAAAGUGAAAGCAUGGAGAACUUGUGUAGCACACCAGAAGUUGUGGAUCUAUAUCUGGUAUCCAGAACCUGACAGGGAAACGUUUCUUGUUCUCCCUUUUUUUGGGGGGUGGUCAGCAUUUUAAAAAUGCAAAACCUCAUAUGUUAAGACAUUUUAUUCAUAAUUAGAGUCCCUGCCCUUUGCACAUAACUUUUCUUAUAAACUUAGUUCUAACCCUAAAUGUUGACAUCAGAAAGUGUUUGCACUGUAUAAACAAUGUUAGCUGAAAGCAUGUUUAUUUUAAAAGAGCUCCUGCUCUCUUCCGCACAUUUCUGUAUCUAGAGAUGAGUAGUCCUGCAUUUGAGGUCACACCCACAGGUGAAACACAGCCUGAAGUCAAGGCCUUGCUAGUAAAUGGAGCUUUGUACAUAGUCAUUAUGAUUUUUUGGCUGCCUGGACAUCAAGUAAACAUAACACUAAAGAAACUGUCCUGGAGAUCCCAUCUUGCUACUAGUAAUUUUUCUGUACAUCCUUUUCAAAAAUUGAAAACUUUUUUAGAUCAUAAGGCAGAAUUUAGUAAUUUUGUGCUUUUGUAAAUGUUUAGCAUUUUAAACAGAAUACAUUGUUUUGGACACUGGAAUAAUAUGAUUUAUUUUCACCUGUAAAAAUGACUUCAUUGUACUUGAACACCUUUGCAUUUCUCCAUUUGUGCCAUUUACAAGUGGAAAUAAAUUGUAUUAUACCAUGAUCUACUGGCGUUUUAAAACUGUUACAUGUGCACAUUUGGAGUAUAGCUAUUUUCAUUUGUAUGUAUAUAUUGUAUAUACAUAUGAGUGUCUAUAUGUGUGUAUAGAUGGAUUGAUAUAACUCAUUCUAAACAUGUCUGCCAGGGCUCAAGUUUUAUUGUUCCCACGCCCCGCCCCAUGUUACAAGAAGACUGUGUGUGGUUUUAAAGAGUGAGUACUCUGGGUUGAUGCUUAUGAGAAGGUGAUGAGUAGAUGCAGUCUUUUUUUUCCCCCUUAGCACUUGUAUGGGUCAGGAAAAAGUUAAGUAAAAUAUGAUACUAUAAUUUACAAUGCAGUAAAAUUGUGCUAGGGAAGGAACCAGUUAUUGUUUCCUUAAGUUUGUUUUACAAUGCAAUAAAAGAUACAAGCUGCAGAGAAAAAUGAACUCUGCAGUGAUCACUGAGAAAGAAAGCAUGCUGGUUUGAAGGGCUGUCUCCUUUUAACUUACCUUCUUGUUGCUAAUAGUAAAUUCUUUAUGCACCUUCUACCACUUCUGAGCCGCUACUAUUCAGGCAGAGAUUUGGUCUAACACAACACACCUUUCUUUCUUUUGUUUUUCUUUUGAGAUAUGUACCCUUUCUGAUUGGAUGAUUGAUGUGUAGCCGUGGCUAGCCUCAAAUUCCUAGCAAUCUUUCUGUAAGCCUCUCAAGUACUGGGAUUACAGGCAUAAACCACCAUCCCUAUAGCCACAGCAAUCCAUUCUUUUGGAGGUUUUAUAGUUCUGCAUUUGUCUCAUGUUCAGAAUGUGAAGUGUCCUAAUGUGUAUUAAAGUCAGAAAAUAAUAUAUUUAAGGUAUACUAAGUAUGAAUCUGCUAUAAUGAUGAAAGAAAUUCUCACUUCUUAGAGUCUUUUCUCAAGGAGCAUUGGGCUGUCAUCUUUGAGCUGCUUAUCAAAAUACAGAUCAUUAUUGAAUAUAAACAAAUUCUGUUUUUAUUUUGUCCCUAAUAACAGAAGUCUCCCUUCCAUGGUUUUAGCAUUGCCUUUUUAAAAAGACACUCACCCUGAGUUGUUAAGAACUGGAAAUUUCCCACCCUCGGAUUCCUUAAAGGAUGAAGAGUGUGUUGUACACUCAGCAUAUGUGCCUCUUGUAUGCAAGGACUACUGAUUGAAGUCUGUUUUGCUGUGUCUGGUUAUGUUGUCUGCACUUUUAUGAAAUCACUACAGUAGAUCUACGUUGGAAAUAACUAUUAAUUUGUAAAGAAAUUUUUAUUAAACACUGUAGAAAAAGUGAA